CCGUAGGAGAUCAUUUCCCCACGCAACGAUCGGUUUCUUGUAGCGCUCUUCUUUCUUUUCAUCACUCUGCGAAGCAGUUACUCUCACUCAGCUCCGAUCAUUCUCUCCGACUAUCGUUUUCUCCAAGACUAAUGGUGAAUCGUUUUACCGUCACUCUCUCCCCGCGCGAAGCUUAGCUCUGUGUUAAACCCUAACUCGCCGCGUCGGAAGCAAUCGAGCUCGUCCCGCUUCGGAGCAUUCGCUUACACUUGCGCCGGCGAGCUUGGUUUCUGAUCGGGAUAGAGUUUUUCAGUUCGAACAGUUUAAGGCUACAAUGAAUGGGGAAGAUGGAAGCUUGAAGAGGCAUUCACGUGAUAGUUUAGUGUACCUCACAACAUGUAUGAUUGGGCAUCUCGUGGAAGCGCAUCUUAAAAAUGGAUCGGUUUAUAGUGGUAUAUUUCAUGCUGCUGAUGUGGAGAAGGAUUUUGGAAUUGUUCUAAAGAUGGCAUCCCUGGUUAAAGACGGUACUUUACCAGGGCAUAAAUCUCGUUCCCAGUUUGUCAGAAAGCCACCUUACAAGACAUUCAUUAUUCCUGCGGAUGAGCUUGUGCAAGUUGUAGCUAAGGAUCUCUCCGUAGUGAGUGACGGCAAGUUAAAUGCCGUUCAGAGUGACAAGUCGGGGGAGCUUUUGACGGAUUCUUCUAUAUCGAAGUCUUGUCGUGUUGUUCAGAGAAGCGAGCGAAAACCCAGGGUACUUGACGGUGAAGCUCCUGAGGGUCUGGAUAAUGUGUUUGAUGAGUCUUGCAGAAGUGAAGAACAAGUGCUCAAAGCUACACCUCUAAUGGUGUCAUCUCAACUAAAGGUUCAAGAAAGUACAAGUCUUGUUCAAACUGUGGAAGAAAAAAAUUCGCCCGGCAAGGAAUCUGCUGAGGCGUCACCGUCAAGUAUGAGUUCAAGUCAGCUGACGUAUACGCCUGAAGAGGGGAAAGAGGAAGGUAUCGAAUCAUUCCUCAAAGUGGCUACUGUAGCGUCUCGAGAAGCCGCUAUCGCUUGCCUCACUAAGUGCAAGUGGAAUCAAGACGACGCCAUCAGUUAUUUCUUUGGAGAUUACACAAAAGCUAUUCAAGAUAGUCCAAGUCCCGUUAAGGAAUCUGCUGAGGCGCUGUCGUCAAGUAUGAGUUCGAUUCUGCUGACGAAUUCGCCUGAAGAGCAACUGUCUCGGUUGAAAGAGGAGAUUGUCAAAUCAUUCUGCGAUGUGGUUAUUGUAGCGUCUCGAAAAGACGCAGAAGCUUGCCUCAGUCACUGCAAGUGGAAUCAAGAAGACGCCAUCCGUUAUUUCUUUGGAGAUUACACAGAAGCUAAUCCUGAAAUUGCGUGGUCUCAGGCAGGUGAGAGUCAGCCCUUUCAGAAUGAAACAAAUGCAGAUCAGAGCUGCUCUAUACCUGGUGAUCACGCUGGUCACCUUCCCUCUGAACAGCGGUCCAAAGAUUUUCCUCCCCAAGACAGCAGUACCAGUGAGAGCCAGUUGGGUGAGCGAAGAAACAACAAUAAUCCAGAGGGUGCCCGCAGUAACAGAACACCUGAGAAAUCAGUUUCUGGUUCUGGUCAUGGAGACAUCAAAGAAGGUGGCGGUGGAACCUCGGCCUCGAAGACUGUUGCUGAGAAUGAAAGGCAAGUCAGUCAAAUUUCUGGUGAAACAAAAUCUGAAAGCGCUUUUGGGCAGUCGGAUUCUAGAAGAAUUUCAGAGAGCGGCCCAGCUACACCGACGUCAACUCGUCCUGGACUAUCACCAAGCUCGCCAAUUAGUUCGUUGCCCUCAUCAGAAAAGUCGACUCUUAACCCGAAUGCAAAGUUUGAACAGUUUAAGGCUACAAUGAAUGUGGAAGAUGGAAGCUUGAAGAGGCGUUCACGUGAUAGUUUAGUGUACCUCACGACAUGUAUGAUUGGGCAUCUCGUGGAAGCAUAUCUAAAAAAUGGAUCGGUUUAUAGUGGUAUAUUUCAUGCUGCUCAUGUGGAGAAGGAUUUUGGAAUUGUUCUAAAGAUGGCAUCCCUGGUUAAAGACGGUACUUUACGAGGGCAUAAAUCUCGUUCCGAGUUCGUCAGAAAGCCACCUUAUAAGACAUUCAUUAUUACUGGGGAUGAGCUUGUGCAAGUUGUAGCUAAGGAUCUCUCCGUAAUCAGUGACGGCAAGUUAAAAGCCGUUCAGAGUGAGAAGUCGGUGGAGCUUUUGACGGAUUCUUCUAUAUCAAAGUCCUGUCGUUUUGAUCAGGGAAGAGAGCUAAAACACUGGGUACCUGAUGGUCAAGCUCCUGAGGGUCUGGAUAAUGUGUUUGAUAAGCCUUGGAAACGUGGGGGAUGGGAUCAGUUUAAGGUGAAUCAGGAACGGUUUGGAGUAAUGAGCACCUUCAAUGAGGAAAUGUAUACCACACCACUUGACAGAGGUCUUUGGACUAGAGAGCUGGAAGAGAAAGCCAGAGAGAUUGCGAGAGAGAUUGAGGGUGAAAAUACCGGAGAUCUUCAUGUAGCAGAGGAAAGAGGCCUUCAAGUUAAUGAGAAAUUUGAUACUGACGAGGAAGCUAAAUACUCAGCUGUCCGUCGAGUUGAUGGAUUUGAUGAUAGUGGGUUUGAUGAGGAAGACGACAAAUUGCUGGACACUUGCAACGAUCAGACUUUCGGUGGUUCAUCUACUUCUAUUGUCCAGAAGCCAGCUUCUUCUAGUGGCCAGAAGCCAACUUCUUCUAGUGGCAAGGGUUAUGGGGGUGAGAGCUGCUCGAUAUCUGAUGAUCACGCUGGUCACCUUCCCUCUGAACAGCGAUCCAAGUAUUUUCCUGCCCGAGGCAGCAGUAUAAGUGAGAGCCAGUUGGGUGAGCGAAGAAACAACAAUAAUCCAGAGGUUGCCCGCAGUAACAGAACACCUGAGAAAUCAGUUUCUGGUUCUGGUCAUGGAGACAUCAAAGAAGGUGGCGGUGGAACCUCGGCGUCGAAGACUGUUGCUGAGAAUGAAAGGCAAGUCAGUCAAAUUUCUGGUGAAACAAAAUCUGAAAGCGCUUUUGGGCAGUCGGAUUCUAGAAGAAUUUCAGAGAGCGGCCCAGCUACACCGACGUCAACUCGUCCUGGACUAUCACCAAGCUCGCCAAUUAGUUCGUUGCCCUCACCAGAAAAGUCGACUCUUAACCCGAAUGCAAAGUUUGAACAGUUUAAGGCUACAAUGAAUGUGGAAGAUGGAAGCUUGAAGAGGCGUUCACGUGAUAGUUUAGUGUACCUCACGACAUGUAUGAUUGGGCAUCUCGUGGAAGCAUAUCUAAAAAAUGGAUCGGUUUAUAGUGGUAUAUUUCAUGCUGCUCAUGUGGAGAAGGAUUUUGGAAUUGUUCUAAAGAUGGCAUCCCUGGUUAAAGACGGUACUUUACGAGGGCAUAAAUCUCGUUCCGAGUUCGUCAGAAAGCCACCUUAUAAGACAUUCAUUAUUACUGGGGAUGAGCUUGUGCAAGUUGUAGCUAAGGAUCUCUCCGUAUUCAGUGACGGCAAGUUAAAAGCCGUUCAGAGUGAGAAGUCGGUGGAGCUUUUGACGGAUUCUUCUAUAUCAAAGUCCUGUCGUGUUGAUCAGGGAAGAGAGCUAAAACACUGGGUACCUGAUGGUCAAGCUCCUGAGGGUCUGGAUAAUGUGUUUGAUAAGCCUUGGAAACGUGGGGGAUGGGAUCAGUUUAAGGUGAAUCAGGAACGGUUUGGAGUAAUGAGCACCUUCAAUGAGGAAAUGUAUACCACACCACUUGACAGAGGUCUUUGGACUAGAGAGCUGGAAGAGAAAGCCAGAGAGAUUGCGAGAGAGAUUGAGGGUGAAAAUACCGGAGAUCUUCAUGUAGCAGAGGAAAGAGGCCUUCAAGUUAAUGAGAAAUUUGAUACUGACGAGGAAGCUAAAUACUCAGCUGUCCGUCGAGUUGAUGGAUUUGAUGAUAGUGGGUUUGAUGAGGAAGACGACAAAUUGCUGGACACUUGCAACGAUCAGACUUUCGGUGGUUCAUCUACUUCUAUUGUCCAGAAGCCAGCUUCUUCUGGUGGCCAGAAGCCAACUUCUUCUAGUGGCAAGGGUUAUGGGGGUGAGAGCUGCUCGAUAUCUGAUGAUCACGCUGGUCACCUUCCCUCUGAACAGCGAUCCAAGUAUUUUCCUGCCCGAGGCAGCAGUAUAAGUGAGAGCCAGUUGGGUGAGCGAAGAAACAACAAUAAUCCAGAGGUUGCCCGCAGUAACAGAUCACCUGAGGUAUCAGUUUCUGGUCAUGGAGAUAUCGAAGAAGGUGCAAAUCUUGGUGGCGGUGGAACCUCCUCGGCUUCGAUGACUGUUGCUGAGAAAGAAAGGCAAGUCAAUCAAGUUUCUGGUGAAAGAAAAUCUGAAAGCUCUUUUGGUCAGUCGGCUUCUAGAAGAGGUUCAGAGAGCGGCCCAGCUCCGUCGGCCUCAACUCGUCCUGGACUAUCAUCACCAAGCUCGUCAAUUAGUUCGUUGCCCUCAUCCGAAAAGUCCAUUCUUAACCCGAAUGCAAAGGAAUUCAAACCAUCGCAAUCACCAGCUCCUGUACGGCCUCAAUCUCCAAUUGCAGGUGGCUCAUUCUACUACGCUGCUCCACCUCCACCGGUUCAGCAGAUGCCUGUAAUGCCUGCUGGUUACGGACAUAUGCAGAUUCAACCGCAAUAUCCUGGACAGCAGCAGCUGCUUCGUUAUCCUGGCCACGAGUAUCCUCAAACUUAUUAUCCUCCAAAUGCACCGCCCCAGUAUCAGCAGUGGCAGCAGCUGAUGAUGCAAGGUCAGGAGCUGAUGAUGCAAGGUCAGUAUCCUAGGCCGCCGGAUAUGAUUUACAUGCCGCUGCCUCCUCCUUACCAACCGGGAAAUCCACAUAAUCAAGGAUGAGAGUAAUAAACAGUUGGUCAUGAUGUUGUUUUUCUGAGAAGGAAGGACUUAAACGAACUAACCAACACUCUGUUUUGGUUUAUGCACCUUUCUCUCACUCUUGCUUAGUCAAUUACUGGAACCAUUUUCUACUUUUUAGAUUCCCCAUUGGAUUUAAUAUCUAGUGUUAAAAGGAAAAAAACAAAAGAACAUAACAAUGUACUUGUACUCUCUUGAAUCUGAAGGUGUAAAUAUUUUAGAGUUUAGCUCA